GAAAUGAAGUUUUUGUGUCUGGUAGCUGCAGGUCUUUACCUGUGUUUCCAAAACCAGCAUGUGACUGCAGAAAAACAUUUGAGCAGAAGUAUGAUUGAAAAAGCUGUGAUUGAGGCGAAGGCCACAGUGGACGCAGCCUAUGAGUACUCCAGAAGAGAGAGCAUUAACCGCGUGAGGAGGAAUGCAAUGCAUCCUUCAGACGUUUUACGGUUGUUGAAGCAACCUGUUGGACAAACCCGUAAUGCUGUGCGUGCUGCUGACUACAUGUAUAAUACCAUCGAACUGAUCAAGACUUCUUUGGAAAGACGUCACAAACGUUCCAUCAAUGCCACAGAUCUGAUCUAUGAGGAGGAUCUGCAGGUGAUUGCUGAGCUGACAGGCUGCUCUGCCCGUCAACGAAUCCCUUCCUGCAAGACGACUCCCAAUUUAGACAAGUUUCGCACUGCAAGUGGUGUCUGCAACAACAGAGAAAACAGCCGCUGGGGAUCCUCCAACACGCCUUUCACCCGCUGGCUCCCUGCUGAGUACCAGGAUAAAUAUUCUCUGCCUAAAGGCUGGGACCCUAAACUCAAAAUCAACAAACGUCUUCUUCCUUUGGUGAGGGAAGUGUCCAACCAAAUUCUGAGCACAAAAAUCUCUGAUGUAGAGAACGAUCCACUCUACACUCACCUGGUGACAAUCUUUGGCCAGUGGACCGACCACGACCUGACCUUCACUCCUCACUCUCCUGUCAUCCGCUCAUUCAGUAACGGUAUUGACUGUGACGAGAGCUGUGAGCGCACAGAGCCCUGCUUCCCUAUUGAGGUUCCCAAGGAAGACCCCCGCUUUGGCAAAAACUCAGAAGAGUGCAUCCCCUUCUUCCGCUCAUCGGCAGCUUGUGGUUCUGGCACAACAGGACACAUCUUUGGUGGAAUAACUGUCCGCCAACAGAUAAACGGACUUACAUCUUUCAUUGACGUAGGACAGGUGUACGGUUCAGAUGAUAGUAAAGCUCUCUCCCUACGUGACCUCACCUCAGAUAAGGGACUGCUGAGGGUCAAUACAGAGCACACUGACAACGGCCGUGAGCUACUGCCCUUCACAAACAUGGGUGCCAACAUGUGCGCCACCCGAGCUCGCAUCACUAAUGAGGUUGAUGUUGAGGAGGUGCCAUGCUUUCUGGCUGGUGACGAACGCUCCAAUGAGAAUAUUGGUCUGACAGCUUUACACACAUUGUUUAUGCGUGAACACAACCGUCUGGCACGUGCUCUGGCCAAACUCAAUCCUCACUGGGAUGGAGAGAAGCUGUACCAGGAGGCACGAAAGAUCAUGGGAGGAUAUUUUCAGGUUAUCACUUUCAGAGACUACUUACUUCACAUUGUUGGUCCAGACUUCAUUGCAGAGCGGCUGUCUACCUACCCCGGUUACGAUGAAAACGUGGAUCCCAGCAUCUCAAAUGUGUUCGCCACAGCUGCCUACCGUUUCGCUCACUUGAUGGUUCAGCCAUUUAUGUUUCGUCUAGAUGAGGACUACCACGAGCACAGUGAUUUCCCCAGCCCAGUGCUGCACAAAGCCUUCUUCGCACCGUGGAGGAUCAUCUUCGAAGGUGGUCUGGACCCAAUCCUAAGGGGCUUGGUGGGCCGCAGGGCCAAGCUGAACACACAGGAUCACAUGAUGACGGAUGAGCUGAGGGAUAGACUGUUUAAAUUCUCCAAACAUUUGGCACUGGAUCUGGCUGCCCUCAACAUGCAGAGAGGCAGAGACCACGGACUCCCUGGCUACAACGAAUGGCGCAGAUUCUGUGGGCUGUCGGCUCCAAAAAAUUUUAACAGGUUGUCAAUAGUGCUGAAUAAUAAAAAACUAGCCAGGAGCCUGCUGGAUCUCUACGGCAAGCCUGACAACAUUGACGUGUGGAUGGGAGGAGUGUCUGAGCCGUUUGUCCCUGGAGGAAGAGUGGGACCCCUGUUUGCCUGCCUGAUUUCCACUCAGUUCCAGAGGAUCCGCCAAGGAGACCGACUUUGGUGGGAGAACGAGGGAGUUUUCACUGAGGCCCAGAGGGAGUCCCUGAGGGAAACAUCACUCGCCCGAAUCAUAUGUGACAACACUGGUAUCACUGAAGUACCAGAAAAACCCUUCCAAUAUCGCAACAGAGGCUCCGGUUACAAUCAAUGUGGCAGCCUCCCUGCCUUUGACCUCAGUCCAUGGAAGGAAGAUGUUAACUAGAAAUACACACUGCAGCAUUCUGACGAAAGACAGAAUGACACCUUUCUUUUCUCUUCUGCUCUCUACUAAAUACUAGACACAAAACGACCAUGUUUCAAUCUUGUGUCAUUGCUUGAUUUUGAUUUUGCUUUGUGGAAUUAAAUAAUUUUCUUUUACCUACAUCUUAAAUUAAAUGAAAGUGCAAUUUUAACCUCAAAUUUAUUUGAUUAACUACUGGAAGUUAAUGUGAUUGCUACGAGUGCUAGUUUUCUUUUUCUCUUUAAUGCAAAUUAAUGUGAACUUUUUGAUCAUGUCUAAAUAUUGUUCAUUACAAGGGAUGAAUUAAAAAACAACAAGU